GCUACUUCGCGGCAUGGAAGUGGCGUGGGUUUUGUGUGUGGCGAUCGCUAUCCUGACAUGGGGUUUCCUCUGGGUUUGGGACUCCGCAGAACGAAGGAAGAGUCGGGAGCAGGCAGGCCUUUUAGCAGCCGAAAGCCGAGCCCUCCUUGUGAUCGCACACCCGGACGAUGAAGCUAUGUUCUUUGCUCCCACAGUGAUAGGCUUGGCCCGCCAGAAGCACAGGGUGUCCCUACUCUGCUUCUCCGCAGGAAAUUACUACAAUCAAGGAGAGAUUCGAAAGAAAGAACUUUUGCAGAGCUGUGGUGUUUUGGGGAUUCCAUCUUCUCAUGUAAUGAUUAUUGACAACAGGGACUUCCCUGAUGACCCAGGAGUACAGUGGGACACGGAACGUGUGGCCAGAAUUCUCCUCCAGUACAUAGCAGUCAAUGGUAUCAACUUGGUGGUGACUUUCGAUGCCGGAGGAGUCAGUGGUCACAGCAAUCACAUUGCUUUGUACACCACUGUCAGGGCCCUGCAUUCAGAAGAAAAGUUCCCUAAAGGAUGUUCUGUGCUGACACUUCAAUCUGUGAAUGUGCUGCGAAAGUAUCUCUCCUUCCUUGACCUGCCCUGGUCCCUGCUGAGCACUCAGGAUAUCCUGUUCGUGCUUACCAGUGAAGAAGUGGCACAGGCCAAGAGAGCCAUGUGCUGCCACCACAGCCAGCUCCUCUGGUUCCGCCGCCUCUACAUCCUCUUCUCCAGGUACAUGAGAAUCAACUCACUGCACUUCCUCUGAAGCCUUGAAGAGUUUUCAGAUCUAAGGAACAAAGAGGAGAAAUGGAAGCCCACGACCCUGGCCUAGAUCUGGCCAUUGGAGAUCGCAGCUAAGUAGUUAUGCAGAAGAGGACCAUGUAGGCCCAGUAGUGGACCACUCAAACUCACCUCUCCCUGGGGUGUAAUACGAAUGGGGAGCAAGAACCCUACAGACCAGAAACAAAUCAAGCCAUGGAUAAAAAUAGAUAUCCUGAUAACUUUUCAAGUUCUUGUGAAAAAGAAUUUGCAUAAGGAAAGUGUCAAACACC